GAUACUUGUUUUGCGUCGAAUGAUGCAGUACGAGUAUUUGGAUGAAGAUUUCGAAAUGGAAAUAGAGAAACAGAGAAAACCAAAAAAGCAAAAAACAAGCAAAUGCACCGUGGACCAGAUUGACAACAAAUAUUCUUUAAGUUUCAAGCAAAUUCAAGCUAGCUAUGCUGAUCUUGAAGCAGAAGAUGAGUCGAACAGUGCGACAGUUGGGUUGGCCGUUGAAUCGAUUGAUCUUCAGACACAAGAUGGAUCUAAUAGAGAGUCUUGUGCGACAGCUGGGUUGAACGACGAAGUGAUUACACCUUCAACAGAAGAUGAAUCGAACAGUGCGACUGUUGGAUUGCCCAUUGAACCGUUUAAAUUUAACACAGAAAUUGGAACUAACAGUGCGACUUGUGCGGCAGUUGGUCAGAACAUUGAAUCGGUUGCUACCUCAUCUACUCUACCUCACCUUGGUGAAGGCGAUAAUGCGGCUUUGAAAGCGUUGGUCGAAAACGUUUCGUUACUCGUAAAACUUCAAAGACAAACGUUUAAUUGUUUAUACACACAUCGAGAAGCUAUGGAUAAACGCCUCAAUCGAAUGGAAAAUACUUUGAAUGAAUUGGUACCAAAAAAAACGAACUCAUCAAAAAUCACUUGGCCAAUCCCUGAUAAAGGUUGUUUAGUCGAGAUGGAGAACGCUUUACGAAGCGGAGAUGAAGCUAUGAAAACGGCUCUCCAUCACAAAUUUGCGAAUACUGGCAAAUCAUUAUACGCUUCACUCCACGUUAACUUAGAAGGACUUUUCAAAAACUGCGGCCGAUGGACAUGGACCGGGGCGGUACCCAACAACAUGAUGAGUAAUCCAAACGCACCACAUUCGAACGCCGCAAAGGACUUAGUGAUCAUCGAUGUUUUAAAGAGAGUGUCAAUGGAAGAGUUCAAUGAAACGAAUGAAUCCGUUACUGCAUGCAUUACAAAAAAUUUCAAAAACAUGAACCAGGCAGCGAAAAAGAAAACGCACCGAGCCUCAGAGAAUAUCCUGCAUCAAAUUUAGUAAAGAAAAGUAUCAAUUUAGAGAAGAGAAAAACAUUUACGAGAAAAAAAAAAUUAAAAAAUGAUUAUUAAAUUCUGAACGAAAUAGCAACUUAUUGCGGCAUUGUAAACCAACUAUUUUUGCUACCUGUUAACUACGUCACUGAAAAUUCCGACGAAACCGAGCCUAGGACUAGUGCGAUGAUUUUAGUCCGUAUACAAGAUCGUAUAUGCCGGGAUAUCGGAAGCCGAAAAUAUCCUGCAGUAUCACAAUCAUCAGUAGCAGGAAUAGCGGUCCAUAAAACAAUUUUUAGCGUGUACAGCUUUCUGGAUUGCAAACGCUCAUCUUAGUUUGAUUUGACUUUUGCGCUACAUGGCCAGAUGGUGUUGGUGUGGUCAGCAAGUCAGUUGUUGGAAAGCGAACGUACCACAAAGAUCACUAGACUCGACAAGAUCUAUACAACUUCAUACCGCUGCGUGUCACAUGCAUAACACACGGUUGAUGGAUGAUUUACCGGUAUCAAGCAAUAGGAGACCCUGCACUCGAAGAGUAAACGUUUAGAACUGGUCCGACUGGAUGAAUACGCUUUUGCAGACGGAGAUCUUCGGGGGUUUCCAGUUUCUGAUGUCUUUCCGCUUGAUCGGUAGAACAAGAGAGGAAAGGAUAAAGUACCAUGUUAACCUAUAUCCCGAAAUCUCCAACCAGAAGGACCACACUUCAAUGAUUCCGCUAGCCUACGAUGUACUGAAACAACGCUUACUCAAGUCGCUAGAAUCAACCGAUCUCAACAAACUAAUUGUCAGUAAUAUCCCUAAGCUAAUGGAAAACGGAACCACCGCCAUAACCGCUACCUUGGACUUUUUGGAAACUUCCAUGCGCUACUAUCCGGAUCCAAGUGGUCCAUCAAAAAAUCGUAUCGAAGAAUAUCUCCUUUUGGUACAGAAAAAUAUACAGCGAAGAUCCCCCCGUUGUGGACCGGACCGGCACAUGUUUGCUUUUAUUACAGCAACGGGGCGGGGACCAACACGGUAAUCUACAGAAGAAGACCUGGGAAGUGUAUCACAGCAAACUGGUCGACACAAUUCAUGAUCUGCUGGGAAGUCUUUCCCCAAAUGCCGGAAUCGUUUGAAGUUGUUGGAAAUCUGAAACACCUCAAGUUUCCCAAUUUGUGGUAGACGAGGAACUGAUAGCCGGAGCUCUACGGGUAGUGACUAGAUUAUUGAAGCGAUUCCCCACUUGAAACGAGUCAUCCUCGAACUGUAUCCCGUAAUGAAACCUUUCAGACCGAUGGAAAUUCUUAAUGUGAUUCUCCGAGGGCAUGCAGUCAGUUGUCAGACUAUGACACGAAAUUCUAUCCAGGAGAAUCUGGCUCUCGGGAUGUUUUUGUUUUAGGUUCAGGAGCAAAUGUUGAAAGUGUUGGAUGCUUUGAUACUGGUGUUGAAGUCACUUAUGCUAUCGUUUGGGAUUCUAGUGACGAAUUUGAUACACUGAUCGUGUAUGACAAAGGCAGAAUAAAGGCCGGGGCAAAGUUUACGAGAGCGUGGUACUGGCGUGCGAGAAGAACAACUAAGCCAGCGGAAUCGAGGCGAUUGGUGACAAAGUAUUGGAACAUAUCGUAUAACGUCGUAUGAGGCCGAGGUCACGCUUCAGGUCAACGCUAGUGAGCAAAAACUCUACCAAAGCGAGAAACCUCAAAAGCAACAGGACCAAUCUACCAGUUUGGCUAGAACCCAUUCCAGCAAUCCACUUGACAACUUCAAGCUUCUGCAAAAAGACUCCGGGAAUGAAGACCUCUGUUUAGCCGCGUUAUGUUGUCUUAGCAAAAUAUUGGAAG